AUGGCGUACUACAGCUCCUGCUAUGGUGAUGACAGCGAGUACUAUAAUGGUGAGUACUCUGUAACUCCUUACUAUAACAGCUAUGACUCUGCUCUAGUUCAUGAUUCUGUGGCUUAUUCCAGCUACAACUACAAUGAGAACCAAGUUUUUUCCUAUGAUCCGCUUUCUUGUUAUGCUGCUUAUGAUCCUGCCUCAAGUUACUCAAGAAUCGCAUACUCUGCAUCUCCUUUCAGUGAGCCUAUGCGUAUUGAGUAUGAUCCGGGUCCUUACUAUCAUGAACAGACGCGGUUCAUUGUCUCAUACAAUGUCUCAGAUUUUAACGAGCCUGAGUUCGAAGAAUACGAUCCAACUCCGUAUGAUGGUGGCUAUGAUCCUGCUGCAAUUUAUGGAAAACCUCUUCCUCCCUCAGACAAAAUUUGUUACCCUCGUUCAAGGCCUGAUCCCACUGGCUCAUCAUUGAAUGGUUUCUCUUAUGGAUCGAUUAUAGCGCCUUAUGGAAAGGAUGAAGUCAAUGAACCUGCUGCGAAACCUCAAAGUGAAAGCAAACCAAUUAGACCUCCUGCUAUUGAAGCAGCACCGCAGCCCCAAGAACACAGCAAUGGCAAAGGUGAAGAAAUCAAGGAAAAGGAAGGUGAUCGUCAUGAUCCUUCUCCUGGCUAUGAUACCGAAUAUAGCAAUGGAUCAAGUGGAGAACUUGGUUAUGAUUAUGGCAAGCAAAUGUCUCAAAUUCCAUCAGGAUAUGGCUUGGAAGCUAUGGAUCUUUGUGAAAGUUUAUUUGGUUACUGGCCUUGCCUGUCUAAAUAUGCUAGGAAUGACAAUUCCUGUCCAGAAGUUCCUGAUUGUGGAAGUUAUGGGAACCUGUGGAAGGGAACAGCUGAUUAUCUAUUUGGAAGCCCAAAUCCUUAUGGAGACAGAAGGGGUGAUCGAGGCAGCAGCUAUGGGAAUGUUAUAUAUGGUUAUGAAAGGCAUUAUCAGGAAAAACCUCUCAAUUAUCAGCUCAAGUAUGUCGGGGAUUCAUGGUCAGUCUGA